GAGGGGAAAGUGUCUCGCGAGAACUCAGGCUUUCUCGGGCACGCGCGCCGGGCGGGGGCGGAGAGGGGCGUUUUCGGGCCGAGUUGGAGGAGGGGCGUGAGCACGCGCCGAAGAGGCGGGAAGCGGCUAAACGGAUUUGGGCGCUGCGGCGCGGCUGUUCCGUCGGCGGGGUCGCGCGGGCCGGCAUCCGCGGUGGCGCGCAGGGCAGGCGGGACGCCCGGGUCGGAGCUGGGCUCCGACGAAGGUCCCCGUAGCGUUCGGGCCGCGCUCGCGGCUCCCUCCUGCCCCGGCACCCGCCCGGCCCGCGGGACUGCAGGGCGCCUGGCGCGCGGGGUGCAAAGAAAUUAAGACUAAGAGCAGUUAAACCUAUCACAUAGCUGAGCAGAUUCAUUCUUUCACAUGAGAGGCUCUGGACGAGUCUUUGCAGAUCAGCCGUGAGGGUGGCAGCUAUUGGGCUCUGGAGGUUUGUGAACUCCAGGGUUCAUUUGGAGCAGACAGAGGGACAACUGAUCCUUUCUGAGGCACCCCUUUGAAAUCAUCCUGGCACAAGGUCCGAAGACAUCUUUACAGCGAGCUGCUCUGUUCUGAGAUUCAUUUGUAAUCCAUGAUCUUCAAAAGAAAUGAGUGUAACUGCUAUUGCAGAAAGAGUUGAAACCUGGCUUUCAGCUACCUGGCAUAUUAAAGUACCUCCAAUGUGGCUAGAAGCAUGUAUUAACUGGAUCCAAGAAGAAAACAAUAAUGUUAAUUUGAGCCAAGCACAGAUCAAUAAACAAGUGCUUGAACAGUGGCUCCUUACUGAUCUGAGAGAUUUGGAGCAACCUAUUUUACCUGAUGGCAUUUUAGAAAUUCCCAAAGGAGAACUGAAUGGAUUUUUUGCACUACAGAUUAAUUCAUUGGUUGAUGUAAGUCAACCUGCAUAUUCCCAAAUACAGAAGCUGAGAGGCAAGAAUACAACUAAUGAGCUAAUUACUGCUGAAACACAAGUUACCCAAAAAGCUUGGGAAGCAAAAUCUUCUCGGAUGCUGAUGCUACAGCUUACUGAUGGAGUUGUACAAAUACAGGGAAUGGAAUAUCAGUCUAUUCCAGCUCUUCGUAAUGAUCUUUCUCCAGGCACAAAAAUUUUGAUUUAUGGAAAAAUUUCUUUUCGACUUGGUGUUCUCUUACUAAAGUCAGAAAAUGUAAAAGUAUUGGGAGGUGAAGUCGAUGCUCUUAUAGAGGAAUAUGCUCAAGAAAAAGUACUUGCAAGAUUAAUUGGGGAACCUGAUUCUGCAGUUUCAGACAUACCAAGUAAUUCAUACCAAAGUAUCCCCAGAAAUACCGAUAAUCUAGAUUCUGCCUUUGGACCUUCUGAUGAAGAACUCUUGGCAAGUCUUGAAGAAAGUGAUGAGCUUGCUGGAAUUAAUAAUACCUCCUUGGGAAAAGGAUGUUUCAACAUAGGUAGCUCCUCAAAUAGUGUUUCCCCAGAACAGUCGAGUUUUGAACCAGGAUUUGUUAAUGUUUCAAGACCAAAGGAUAAACCACCAGAUCAAUCUAUACACGUUAUUGAUGAAGAGUUAGAUGACUUUUCACUAGAGGAAGCCUUGCUUUUAGAAGAAACUGUCCAGCAAGAACAAAUGGAGACUCAAGAAUUGCAGCCAAUGACUUUUAACAGAAAUACAGCAAAAUGUGUGGAGAGAUCUUCUCAUAAGUGUAAUACUCUGAAUGAUUUUUCUUUGAGUUUCAAAAAUGGAAAUGGUCAAAAUAAUGAAGUAUCUGAACAAAUGACUAACGGAGACAAAUCUUUCAAUUGUCCACCUUCUAGAGAUCAAAACAACAUUUUUUCAACUCAUGUGGUACCCUUAUCUUAUGAUUUUACAACUAAAGAUAAGAACUUAGACAGUAAAACAAAAGAAAACAUCAGCAGGUCAGAUGGUGGAUGUUCCUUAAAUAAUGAAAUAAUAAGUGGGGAACUGGUAAGUUAUGUAUCAAAAAGGAGUUUACAAAUUUCUAAUGAAAAUAAUCACCAUUUACAGACUUGUUCUUUAAGAUCAUCAGAAACUUGUACUAAUAUUUCUGUUGCCAUGGAUUUGUUUUCUCCACCUUUCAUCUACUUGUCUGUUCUAAUGACUAGCAAGCCAAAGGAAGUUACAACAGUGAAAGUCAAAGCUUUUAUUGUAACCUUAACUGGAAAUCUAUCAAGUUCUGGUGGCAUUUGGAGUCUAACAGCAAAAAUUUCUGAUGGCACUGCCUAUCUAGAUGUAGACUUCUUAGAUGAAAUACUUACUAGUUUAAUAGGGUUUUCAGUACCAGAAAUGAAACAAUUGAAAAAGGAUCGUCUUAAAUACCAGAAGUUCCUGGAAGGUUUGCAGAAAUGUCAAAGAGAUCUAAUAGAUUUAUGCUGUCUAAUGACUGUUUCAUUUAAUCCAUCUUUAUCCAAAGGAACAGUAGUGGCAUUACAAGAUGUUAAUGUGGAGCACCUUGAGAACUUACAGAAGCGAUUGAAUAAUUAAUUUACUAAAAUUGUGUUAGAAAACAACCCAAGGAAUAUUUAGAAAUUAUCAUUUUUUGGACUUUUUUUUUAAAGGGAAAAAGGAAGUUUCAUAACAAUUCGGUCUACUUUUAAAUGUUUUGUUGUCUAUUAGGGUUUUUUUUUUUAAUAAGUUUAACCUUUUUUGGUUAUUUUUUAUGGGGUCUACCCAGUGGGGCUCAGGGCUUACUCCCAGCUCUGCACUCUAAGGAUCACACAGGUGCCAGAAAGAUAGUACAGCAUGUAGGGGGCUUGUCUUGCACAUGGCUCACCCAGGUUCUAUCCCCAGCAUCUCAGAUGGUCCCUCAGGCUCCUCAGGAGUGAUUCCUAAGUACAGAGCCAGGAGUACAGCCGGAGCACCACUGGGUGUGUCCACCAACUCCCUGGAAAAAAAAAAAAGGAUCAUUUCCAGCAGGCUCUGGUACCACAUGGAAUAUUGGGGAUUGAAUCUGGGUCUGCUGCUUGCAAGGCAAGCACUGUACCCCAAUGAAUUUAACUUUGAUAGUAUCUUUGUUGAAGGAGUACUGAUUCAUUAUUGAGAAAUUUGUUUUCAACUUUUCAUUUCAUAUAAAAUAAUUGCUAAAGCAUCAGUGUUUACUUAUGGGUCCUUGUUAAAAGUUAUGAAUAAAUAAAAUUUUGAUAAGUUGGUUUGUUUUAUUACAAAAUUUUAAAAAUGUAAACCGUUGGAGGAGAAUGGACACUGGUGGAGAGAUGUAAACUAAAUGCAAACAUGAGAGUUCAUAAGUUUGUAACUGUACCUCACAGUGAUUCACUAAUAAACAUUUAAAAAAAAAUGCAAACCAGAUAGGUCAAAAAACAUCCUUUGCAGUGGAGAGAAAAUGUUAUGCUCAUCUUUAUUUUUCUGAUUAUAAAUAUUUGGUAUAUUUGUGAUUAAAUAUUUUAACUAAAUUGUGGUAAAUAUUGUUAACUGGAUAUCUUUUAGUGACUAUAUUGAAUGGUUUAAAAAAAAGUCUUAUUUUAGUGCCAGAGAGAUAAUACAGGGCUUAAGCAGGCUUUGCAGAUAGCCAACCCUAAUGUGAUCCCUGGUAUUGCAUGGUCCCCUGAGCAUCACCAGGUACAGCUCUGGGUGCCCCUGAGUACUGCCAGGGUGGCCCAGGUAAUUCCUGACCUUUCAGUGCACAGGGCCCCUUGCAUUGGACUAUUCAGCCCAGUUGACUGAGAAUCUCUAGGAGGGACCCAUGGGUCUUCUGAGCAUUGAUUGGGAGGUGCCCACUCACUUUCACAAAAAAAAAAUUUAUUUCUGAAAAGCAUUAUAAAAUUUUUUCUAAGGUUUAAUUUUUUUAAAUCUUUAUUUAUUUUGGAUUAAAUUACGUAUCCACUUCUUUAGAUGCGAUUAAUCCCUCUCUGGUCUUUAUAUGUGAGCCUUCUUUUAGUUCUGUUGAAAAUUAUCUUUAUUUGGGGGGCUUGUGUGUGGAGGGGGAGAACUCACCAUGAGUUACAAAGUUAUGCACAAAAUCUUCCCAAACCAAUCUCUUAACCAGUGGUGCUGAUCUUUUUUCCUGAAGUAUGGUAUAUGCCACUUUUUCACUUGACUGUUAAACACACACACAUUUGAGGGAUGGGAGAGAUAGCUAGCUCAGUGGGCCAAAUCCUGUCCAAAUCCUUUGUGGGAGGCUUGAGUUCAUUCUACAUGGUCCCCUUAAGAUUAUGAGGUAUUGGGGCUGGAGCAAUAGCACAGCGGGUAGAGCAUUUGCCUUGCACGCGGCCAACCCGGGUUCGAAUCCCAGCAUCCCAUAUGGUCCCCUGAGCACCACCAGGAGUAAUUCCUGAGUGUAGAACCAGGAGUAACCCCUGUGCAUCACCGGGUGUGACCCAAAAAGAAAAAAAAGAUUAUGAGGUAUGACCUCCAAGCACUGGAUCACAGGAGUUACCAAGCCUGGAAUAACCCCCAAAAGAUUUGGCUUGCUUCCCGAAAAAUAAGAGACAUUUGAGUAACUAGUAAUUUGACACCUGACUUGAAGUUACCAGACAGACUGAAUUUGAAUCCCAGUGUGACCUCAUGCAGAGGGCAAAACCUGCAGCACUGAGAGAUCCCAGUGUGAGCACAAGUAUCCUGCAGUAAGUGUAUGAGUACUGACAACCAAGUGUGCCACCGCUCACCAUCCUGCAACAAUAGUAGCCAAAUAGGGGACAGGGAUGGGGCACAAACAAUGCUAAAGAGCCACCUGUGUGUGGUAAAAUUAUUUUUAUUAAUCUUUAUUAGUUUUUUUUUCCUUUUUGGUCACACCCAGCAAUACUCAGGUGUUACUCCUGGCUCUGCAUUCAGGAAUUAUUCCUGGUGGUGCUCAGGGGACCAUAUGGGAUGCUGGGGAUCGAACCUGGUUGGCCACAUGCAAGGCAAAGGCCCUCCCCACUGUACUACCACUCCACCCCUUCCAUAGUUUUAUUGACUUUAAGGUUUGGGGCCACAUUGUUCAAUCACACGAUCACAGUGCUUGGGGGUUAUACCUGACUCUGGAUUCAGGAGUGACCCCUGGAAGUAUUUGGGGAAACAUGUGGCACAAGGGAUUCAAACCUUUCAUAUACAAUACUGUCGGUACUUUAUCUCUGCUCCCAAAGAAUCUGUAAUUUUAAGACAUUAGAUAGUAAAAUAGCACACUUUUAUUAUUAAAGUAGAUGAACAUAACAUUUACAUGUGUAUGUGGCACAGUAUUUUGCGGGGUAUGAUUUGGACCACACCCAGCGGAGCUUGAAUCAAUCCUGGCAGUACUUGGACCAUGUUCAUUGUGGGCGUUGAACUGGCAUGCAAGACAAGCACCUUCACCCACAGCAUACAGUGGGAGGAGCAUGCCUCAAUACAAUAUAGUCAUAUUUUGUUGAAAAAUGAUAAAUGAGUUAAAGGCAUCAAGCUGCUGUGUUGAUCUGUGCUCUUAUAGUAACCUAUAUCCUUUUCAUUAUCAGAGAUCUGAAUAAGAUUACAUAUCCUUUGAUUCUAAGUGUCCAUGUCCUGUACUUGUGCUUGAAAAUUGGUUUAGACCUUUUCCUCUUCAUUUUCAGUGACUGAAGACUCGUUAUAGUACUUUACCAUGAAGUUCAUCCUUUUUGGUUCUUUGAUUCUUGCUCUGUCUGGGAUUACUUUUGUACAUCUGAUUGAUCUUUGUCUUAUUUUGCCCUCAAGCCUCUUAUAAUUCUGCUAGAUAUUUUUAGAGUAUUUUUUUCUCUUUGUUAACCUUUAAUAUCAGUCUUCUGAUCUUUUACUUAUGAGUAAAGUCUGAACUCUUCAACUGUUUUGUAAAUCCUUUUUUGAUUCUUGCUUUCCUUUGGAUUCUACCUGAUUUUUUACACCUACCUAGUGUGUUCCUAAAUUUUAGUCAGAUUUACAACUUUAAAUUAUUAGCAGAUGCCAAGAAUGCAGAAGAAUAUCUUUUUAAGGGCUAGAGCUAUAGCACAGCGUAUAGGGCGUUUGUCUUGCACACGGCAUAUCCGGGUUUGACUCCCAACAUCCCAUAUGGUCCCCUGAGCACCGCCAGGGGUAAUUCCUAUAUAUAUACAUAUAUAUGUAUACAUAUGUCUUUUUAAUGCUCAAGCUUAUUAUUUUUUGUUUGCACAUUCCAUUAUCUUUAUGGCACCCAAAUACUUUCAUAUUUCAAUUUAGCUUAAGCUUUAGGUGCCCCUGCUCACUUUCAUGCCUCCUGUACAUUGUACUGACUAAUGCUGUAUAUAUUUGCUUCUCUAAUUCUUAUUCUACCUUUUGGGCAAAAUAGGUACUGUAGGUUUCUCCUGUGCAUUAGCAACAUUAUUUACCCUUUUUUGUUUUACCAUUCUUUAACCUUUAUUGGAUACCAGUAACAUCCAGUUUUAACCAUCAAAAAUUUCUCCAAGUUAGAGCACAUGCCUAGCAUGUCUAAGACCCUGGUUUUGAUUCAGCUCUGUGUGCUACUACCAACCUCUCUACCACCAGCUAUAGUCCUGGUGACUCGAGCAUUGCUAAGUGAUCUAUGACACUUGAGCAUCACUGGAUGUGGCCCCUGUUAAAUUAUUUCAGGCAGCAAAGUAUUUCAUGAGGGACAAAAUGAUCUCUUAAGAAUCAUUGCUCUGGGGCUGGAGUAAUAGCACAGCGGGUAUGGUGUUUGCCUUGUACGCGGCAGAUCCAAGUUCAACUCCCAGCAUCCCAUAUGGUCCCCUGAGCACCACCAGGGGUAAUUCCUGAGUGCAGAGCCAGGAGUGACCCCUGUGCAUCGCCAUAUGUGACCCAAAAAGAAAAAAAAAUUGCUCUGGGGCUGUAGCGAUAGUACAGCGGGUAAGGCGUUUGCCUUGCACGCAGGAGAUCCGAGUUUGAUUCCCAGCAUCCCAGGUGGUCCCCUGAGCACUACCAGGAGUAAUUACUGAGUGCAAAGCCAGGAGUAACCACUGCAGUGCUGGGUGUGACCCAAAAAGCAAAAAAAAAAAAAAAAAAUUAUUGCUCUAUUGAAUACAAGCUGCUUGUAGUUAUGACAGUGUUUGACCUUUGUAAGACUGGUGUUUUUUUAUAUUACCAGUGAAUAAUCCAAUCUGAUAUUUUUGCAGGAAGGCAGGUUGACUCAAGUUAAUCCUGGCGCACUACUUAGGAGUAGCUCCUGGUAGUGCCAUCUGGGAUUGCACCCGAAUCAUGAGGGAGGUACCUUCUUGCAUGUAACAUAUAUGCUUUAGCACUUUGAGCUCUUUCUGGCUCCAAACAUGAUACUCCUUAAGUGUGUUUUUAUGAUACAAGAAUGAUAGUAAAAGGCAUCUGUCUGAAGGAAAUGGAAGGGAAAAAUGGACUCACUCUUGGGAGUGAAUGCUUUCAAAAAGUCCAUGGUCUUUACUCCUCCAUUCUGCAAGUGUUAAACCUGUAUUGGCCUUUGCCAGGUCUAGUUUGUAACUUGUUGCUGAAUGGACACUCUUCUGAAGUUAGCAAGCAGUAGAUGGAGCAUGCUGACAUACCUGGAUUUACCCACACCUACUGGGAGUUGACUCCAUGGAAGAUUUAUGUGCCUUGCCUGUCACCUCCAGCACUGCAACAAAGACAGUGACAACAACAAACAAUGCUUGGGAGUGGGAGUCCGGGUAGGGGUGGGGGUGGGGCAAAGACUGAAAACUUUAGUAGGAAACUGGGAAUUCAGAAAAAUAAAAGAACAAGGGAUAAAAUUUAAAAAUUAGUGAAUGAGGAGCAGGAGAAAUAGUAUGGCAGAUAAAAUGCUUACCUUGCACCCUAACACUAACAGGAGUGAUUUCUAUGCCUGAACCAAGACUAAGCCCUGAGCACCAAUAGAUAUGGCCCAAAACCAAAAAUUUUUGUGAAUGAAUUUAACUGACAAACAGCUGGAAAAAAAAUGGAUUAAAUUGAUGAGAAAACGUUCAGAACCAUGGGUAGACAGGAUUGCUUAACAGAAAGUAACAAAACAGAAGGGCUAAGUUAAUGCUAUUGUAGACCCAGGAAGAAGAAAUAUUAAAUAUUUGCAGUUAGUGUUUAAGGAUUUUCUAAAAAUGUAUUAAAAUAAUCAGCACAUUUUAAAUGCACCACAAAUCAUAAAUUUAGAGAAAAUAAUGCCUAUGCAAAUAUUAUUCAGAGUAAAGAAAUAAGGCACAUCACUUUUCAAAUGCAAAAGUGAAUUCAUACAAUGCAGUGAUAUCUUCAAGUGAUAAGGAAAAUACCAACUUAGAGUUCUAUAUAAAGCAAAACAGACCUUCAUACAGGCAGAUAGGACCCCACCCUCAAUGUAGCACUGUAGCACUGUUGUCCUGUUGCUCAUCAAUUUUGCUCCAGCACCAGUAAUGUCUCCAUUGUGAGACUUGUUACUGUUUUUGGCAUAUCAAGCACACCACGGGCAGCUUGCCAGGCUCCCAAGAGGGACAGAGGAAUAGAACCUGGGUCGGCCUUGAGCAAGGCAAACGCCUACCCAUUGUACUAUCACUCCCGUCCCCUCCCCCGACCCCCAUGUACUUUUGGAAAAUAAAGCUUUAAAAAGAGAUCACCUAGAUCUGAAGUGGCCCAAAAGCUUGAAGACCACAUCCCUUUGACAUGCAAAUCCUGAGCUCUCUGGAAAGAAUAAACAGCUGCAGAAAUUCAAGACCCCACUCACAGAAGGGAGAACCGCUUGCUUAAACACUUUCGCUUGUCUCUAUGUCUCCGCUUGCUUUUUCCAGUUUGAAGAAGCUCGUGUUUUCUCUUGAAUACGUAUUUCCUCUCUGUCUCCCCUCACAUCUUUCUAAAUAAAUUUUGUUCAUAAAAACUACCUUGCUGAGAGAGAAAGUAUAAGGGAAUGUGCCUGGCACGGGGGGUGAGGGAGGAGUGAUACUGGGAACAUUGGUAUACUGGGAACAUUGGUGGUGGAGAAUGGACACUGGUGGAGGGAUGGGUACUCGAUCGUUGUAUGACUGAAACAUGAGCAUGAAAGUUUGUAAGUCUGUAACUGUACUUCACGGUGAUUCAUUAAAAAAUAAAAAAAAUUAAUUAAAAAAAGAUUUAAAACUUUUUCAGACCAAAAAAAAAAAACUAUCUUGCUUCAGUAUUUUGUCUCCUGAAAUUCUUUUCUGUGAAGGUAAGGCAGUGAACAUAGAACACCUAUGCUGAUGUUGGGACUAAUUUUCCUUUCCUGGAAAAAACAAUUCCUUGCCACAGCUGAGUCCACAACUGUAUUAUUAAAGCAUCAAAAUUUGUGAGAUGUAGAUAAAAAAGGGACUGGCGCAAUAGUACAAUGGGUAGGGCACAUAGCUUGCCUUCUGGUCCCUAAACCCCACCAAGAGUGAUUUCGGACCACAGAACCAAGUCAGCACCGCUGGGUAUGACACUCCCCCAAAAAGGGUAUAAAUAAAAUCAGAAAUAGGAAGCAGCAAGAGAUAGUACAGAAAUGCAAGUGGCCCAUAAUAGAACAUUAUAAUUAUAUGACAACAGAAAUCCUAGAAAAAGUGGACAGAUUCUUAGAAACAUGUAAUAUUCUGGUACUGAGUCAAGAAGAAACAGAGUGCUCGCUUUGCCAGCACAUAUACUAAAAUUGGAACGAUACAGACAUUAGGAUAGCCCCUGUGCAAGGAUGACAUACAAAUUCGUGAAGCGUUCCAUAUUUUUAGAAGAAAAAAAAAUAGAAAGUCUGAACAAGGAGCUAGAACAAUAGCACAGCAGAUAAGGCAUUUGCCUUGCACGAAGCCAACCCAGGUUCAAUUCCCAGCAUUCCAUAUGGUCCCCCGAGUACCACCAGGAGUAAUUCCUGAGUGCAGAGCCAGGAAUAUCUCCUGUGCAUUGCCGGGUGUGAUCUAAACAGAAAGAAAGAAAAAAAAAGUCUGAACAACCCAUGAAGAGUAAAAGCAAUGAAACAAACCAUCUAACAAUCUAAAGUUCCACCCCAAAGCCCAAGAACCAGAUUGCUUCCCUAGUAAAUUUACCAAAACUUACAAGACUAAUAAUACUUAUUCUCACAUUCUAAAUUAAAAAGGAGGGCAAAUUUCCGAACAUAUUUUAUGAAGUUACCAUUACUCUGACUCAAAACUGGACAAAGACAUCUUCUGAGAGUUUUAGAAAACAAUAUCUUGCUUUCCACUGCUGCUGCUGCUGCAUGAGCACGAUCCUGGAGGCCAACUUAACUAUUUUGGACACGAGCAGCUCGCAGAAAUGCCUCCAGACUGUGAAUGGAGCCACUGCCCCAUGCAGCGCCAGUGGGGAAGGGUUUCUCUCUCUCAACACUUCCUUCCUGGGCACAGCAUGGCAAUUGCUGCUUUUUGAGCACAAAAUGGAGGUACCAGCCCAGCUGCAGCGGGACGCGCGGGAGAUCCCAGGAGGCGGGGGGUACCUGCCUGCCCUCUGCCGAUAUUUAAGCGAAGUGGCCACACGUGUGCGGCCUUUCCGUUGCUGCUGCUGCACAAGCAUGAUCCCGGAGGCCAACUGAACUACUUUGGACACAAGCUUCUUGCAGAAAUGCCUCCAGAUUGUGAACUGAGCCACUACCCCAUGUGGCGCCAGCGGGGAAGGGUUCUCUCUCCAAGCUUUUCCAUCUUAUGAGCACCACAAAAGGGAAGUAAAAGCUUGCAGUGAUGCAAUUUCUGGCAGAAUUUCCCCUGGACUUUAUACAGAAAUCCAAAAUAGCAUGGCGCGACCUAAUAUCUCUUAAUUGUCAGCAAUGUGAAACGGUUCCUUUUUAGCAGGUCUGACUUUGGGGAGAAAGUCCAAACAAUAAUAGUGAGUUUUUUGUUGAAAUAUUGAAGGUAAUCAAAGUAGCAGCCAUUUCUCUAGACUGUGAACUAAGCCAUAGCCCCACGCCGGCUGAGGAGAAGACAUAUCCUUCUUUCUCGUUUCUUUUCCCUUUUCGGGGAGAAAUGCGGCAUGGCGUCCACCAUAUUAUGAGGUUUAUUAAACAGGCACGAACUUGGUGGCGCAGGAAGGGGAAAAAAUAAAAUUAUGUACUUGGAACAGUGGGACGCUUGGGCAGUGUCGGGGCGGGGCCAAUACCAGUGUACGCUACACCGAGAUUCCACCUAGGUGGCUACACUUUUGUGCAGCCGCUUUGCUGCAGAAUGACCGGAAUCCGAAGGCCAACUAAACUACUUUUGGUUCCAGAAACUGCUUGCAGCCAUGUCUCUAGACUGUGAACUAAACCAUAGUCCCACGCCAGCCGAGGACGGGAAAUAUUCUUCUUUCUCAGUUUUUUUUUCCCCUUUUCGGGCAGCGUGGCAUCAGCCAUAUUAUGAGGUCUACUAAGCAGGCACCAACUUGGUGGUGGUGUGGGAAGGAGGAAAAAACUAGUUAUGUACUUGGAACAGCGGGACUUCAUAUCUCUUCAUUCUCAGCAAUGGAAAACUAAUUAUCAAAUGCUUCCUUGGCAGUAGGGCUGUCUUUUUGGGGGGGAAACUCCAACAACAAUAGUGAGUUUUAUGUUGAAAUAUGGAAUGUAAUCAAGGUAAA